AUGUAUCGAAUGAGUAAUAUGUAUUUCCUAUUACAGCACCAGGACUUGGUGAUAACUCCGGCGACGGGAAGCGAGUUACGUGCGAAACCCGAUCCGAAUGAUGUACUGAAAUUUGGUCAUCAUUAUGCCGAUCAUAUGUCGUUUGCCGACUGGAGCGAACGUGACGGCUGGUCGCAUCCACAAAUAACACCUCUAAGGAAUCUUAGCAUUCAUCCAGGGUCAAAGGUCCUCCAUUAUGCUACCGAAUUAUUCGAGGGUAUGAAAGCAUACAGAGGAGUGGAUAAUAAGAUUCGACUAUUUCGCCCAGAUAAAAAUAUGGCACGUAUGCGGCGAACAGCUCAUCGAGCUGCUCUUCCAGAUUUCGAUACUGAAGAGUUGAUCAAGAUUAUUUGCGAUCAGAUCGCCCUUGAUCAGGAAUGGGUCCCAUACUCUUCAACGUCUUCGCUAUACAUUAGACCUACUCUCAUCGGCACCGAUCCUACGUUGGGAGUCGGCUUUCCGCUAGAAGCCAAGCUGUUUGUCUUGACGGGACCAGUUGGACAAUACUACUCGACUGGAUUCCAACCUGUCCGACUUCUUGCAGACCCUCAGUACGUCAGAGCCUUCCCAGGAGGUGUUGGUGCCUUCAAAAUGGGAUGCAAUUAUGCCCCAACCAUCUGGGUAGGAAAAGAGGCUGCAGCACGAAAUUGUCAGCAAGUUCUCUGGUUGCAUGGUGAAGACGAAGAAGUGACGGAAGUGGGAACGAUGAACAUUUUCGUGUACUGGAAGAAUGCACAAGGAGAGAUUGAGUUGAUUACACCACCACUAGAACGAGGUCUCAUUCUGCCCGGUGUAACCCGUGACUCACUUCUCGAAUUGGCACGAGAAUGGGGAGAGUUCAAGGUUUCCGAAAAGUCGUUCACAAUGCACGAUGUCAAGAAAGCCCUUGAUGAGGGUCGGUUAUUGGAGAUGUUUGGUGCUGGAACUGCCUGCGUUGUGUCACCCAUUGGCCAGAUCCUUUACUAUAACCGGGAGAAGGGACUUCAUGAAACCUGGGACGUACCGACUAUGAAGAACACCCCGAACCUUAUGCAACGGUUUUACGAGACCAUCAACGACAUUCAAUACGGUCGGACUAUGCACCCGACAUGGACGCGAACGAUCUAA